CAUCAGUGUGUUUCCUGCUACGCACGCGUUUCCGCUAUUUCGUUUAUAGUUUACGAAACGGUUUGACGUUUCUGCUGCAUAUUAAGGAUUAACAGUCUUGUGCUAUCAUUUAUUACAUUUUUCUUAACAUGUUUCAUGCAACUGGGCUUUACAUUUUUUAUAGCGUAGCAGAAAAAGGCGACUGAUCCUAGGAAAACGUGCUCGUUUUAGAAACGUCAGCUAACCAUGCCGCUGCUGCUCGGGGCCACGGGAGUCGGAAAGACGCUGCUAUUGAAAAGACUGCAGAAGAUAAGCGCGCAGGACAGCGGCGCGGAGCUCGGGGAUCCACCGGCUACGUUACCGACAGUGGGCACAAAUCUGUCGGACAUUAUCGUUGAUAAGAAGAAGGUUACAGUGAGAGAAAUGGGGGGCUGCAUGGCACCAAUAUGGCCCAGUUAUUAUGAAGACUUCGACUCUGUUAUUUUUGUGAUUGAUGCUGCAAACCCCUUCCAGAUCUCCUCAUCCUGCAUUCAGCUACUGGAAGUCCUUUCUGCGCCAGCUCUUGAAUUGGCCACAGUCUUGAUUCUCUUUAACAAAAUUGACCUGCCCUGCCCCGUGUCUCUGCUGGAAAUGAAAUCUUUGUUUCGACUGGAUGGCAUCAUCUCCUGUGCCAAGCAAUCAAUAACGGUGCUAGAAAUGAGCGCCCGGAGCGGGCAGGGACUUCGGGACGUUCUCGCUUGGCUGCAGUUCGCUCAGAGGAGAUGAAGGAACGAAAAAGGGUCUGCAACAGCACUUUAAACGUAAUGAUGUUUUAAUGCAGUGACUGCUCACAAAUCAACACUGUUGGGCUUUUUCUUCUUAUUUUUUAUUUAUUUGUUAUUUUUGUUACGUUUGAUUUAUUGGUUUUCAUUGUUUAGUUUUUUUUUUAUUUCUGUUAGAUUUAUUUAUUUUUUCUGUUCUGUUUCUUUAAAUUUGCUGUCAUUUGCUGUGUUGUGUGGGUGGAGCCACAGGAGGCGGGGCCACCAUGAUGUCACUGCUGCUGGGUCCUCCCUCUGUUUUUACAAGUAGGGCAGAAAGAGAAAAAUUGAGUUAAUAAAGAAUUUAUUGUAAGUAUUGCUACUUCAUUUAGGGUUUUUAGGGGUUUUUUUUGUGAUUAUUUUGCUUCUUCCUCUAGAUUCU